CUUGCAAGCCUCUUGAGAGCAGCCAAACACCACAACUCAUCAUCAUGGCAAACCCCCCAAAGGCUAAGAACUUCGAUUGGGAGAUGUACCGCUACAUCCCUUCCCUUGCGGGCGCCAUCAUCAGCAUGAUAAUCUUCCUCAUCCUCACGCUGCUUCUCUUUUGGCAAUGGUUCCGCACAAGAAACCACAUCCUCAUCUUCGUGGUCAUCGGCACAAUCUCAGAAGUAAUCGGCUACGGAAACCGCAUCGGCUCGCACUUUGAUAACCAAGCAUGGGGACCCUUCAUCACACAAGGCACGCUCCUUCUCGUCGGGCCCCUCUUCUUCGCAGCCACCAUCUACAUGAUGCUUGGCCGCACCAUCGUGCUUGCUGGCGGCGAAGACGUUUCUCUGAUCAGGCCGAGGUGGUAUACUCGCGUCUUUGUCGGCGCAGACAUCUUUACGUUGGUUCUGCAAGGACUAGGUACGUUUCAAAGCGAGAAGAUCGUCAUCGCCGGACUCGCACUCCAAGUCGCGACCUUCGUCUUCUUCCUCAUCGCUGCCAUCGACUUCCAGCUCCGCAUGGAGCGUAAAGCCGCCAUCUCCGCUUCGCUCGGCACGCCUGCGAACAACCAGUGGAGGAAGCUGCUGUGGAUCUUGUAUACCGUCAGUUCGCUGGUGCUAUUCCGUUGCAUCUUCCGGCUGAUAGAGUAUGCGAUGGGCAACGCCGCGUAUCUUAUUGCGCAUGAGUGGACGCUGUACGUGUUUGAUACUACGCCCAUGUUUCUAACGGUGGCGCUGCUGUUGGUGCUACAACCGACCAGGUAUGUGACGAAGGAGUACAGGAAAGGUUCGAGUGACUCGGGGGGUGAGGUGCAGCUUGGAAGUGGGCAGGCGAAGUAGGUCUUUUAUCCAUCGCAAGCAUUUCCUUUUUCGGUACGACGAAGGAAGGGGUCUUGGUAUGUUCUGUUAUAUUUAUUCGGGCAUUGCGCAUAGUUGUAGCGGUAUGUUUUGUGUUCGUAUACCCUGUCUUCGCGAAGUUCAAGUUCUGUACUAUUAGUGGUCC